AUGCUUGUCGUCAUCUUUCGUACUGAAGAAACUACCGGACCUAUCGCUCCAUGGAGGCUAGUGCGCGAAGGCUUAGAUCCUGAAAAAUAUCGCGGAAAUUACCCUGUCCUUCGCACACACGUCCCCCCCGUAACUACGCCUCAACCCAGAUUGGUGUGUCGCAGUUUUCGGGCCACGGGCACGGGUCGGCAAGUGCGAGGACGUCCAGGAGCUGGAAAGCGAUCAAGACUCCGUUUUCCAAUUAGUGCUGAAGUCACUGCUCGACCUAAGAAACUUCCCAAAAUCCAGGGUGAAUGGGAGUUCGGCUUUUGGCCCUUUCCCGAAACGGACGUCUGUGGACGGCCUUCUGAAUGUGUCCGCAUGAAAACUUUGCUGCAUCACGUCACUAGUCUGUAA